GGUGUCCCACGGAGCCAGUAGUCAUCUGCCACUGCUGUCGCUGUCGCCAUGGCCGCCGGCCGCCUACUGGCCGCCAUCUCCGUGAUGACCUUGACCUGGGGUCACGUGACCGCGGCGUCGGGUCAGGCGGCGCCCCGAGCUCAACGGUCCGUCGACUCAGAUGAUGAGCACCUUCUACUUCCGGAUGUCCUUCCUACCGGACCAAGCCUGGACCAGUCGGCUCCGGUAUUUCUCGAGGUGCCAGUUCCGACCUACGUGCUCCGCAACAAGCCAGCCACACUGACCUGUCGGGCUGCGCACGCUUUGCAUCUCUACUUCCGCUGCAACGACCAGCUGAUGGCGGGCAGGGAGCACUCUCAGGCUAGCUAUGUGGACCCUCAGACCGCCAUCAGACAGCUAGAGGUCAAGCUGGACGUGGACAAACGUACUGUUGAGGAGUACUUUGGUGACUAUCAGUGCGAGUGUGUGGCCUGGAGCAGCCGAGGGGAGAAGGUCAGCGACAGCGUCACCAUCACCGCCGCAUACCUGAAGAAGUCGUUCCACACGCCACCGUUCUCGGACCGCGUGGAGGUGGACCAGACUGUGGAACUCCGCUGCGUUCCACCGGACGGUAACCCCGUGGCAGAGCUCAGCUGGACCAAGAACGGCGUCACCAUCGACGCCAAGCAGGACCCCAACUACAUCAUCUCCAACGAGGGCAACCUCCUCAUUGCCGCGGCGAAACUCUCCGACAUGGCCAACUACAGCUGUGUGGCAGAGAACGUGGCCAACCGGCGCGUCAGCCCACCGGCACGACUCACCGUCUAUG